AUGGACUCCCUGACCAGAGAUUUUCUGAAGUACGGCACCUGCUGUUCCAAGAAUCGACGUUGCAAACACCUUCCGAUUUUGUCAAAGUCUUGGAGAAAGUCAAACCUAGACAACAGAGAGAGUUGGCUGAGAGUGGAGUGUAUGGAAGACUGGAACAAGUUUCUGGAGCCAUUGGAAAUUACCCUCCACAGCCACAACACUACACGUCGAAUGAAACAAGCUGGGCAGCAUGCGUGCCACUAUUUCCUCAUGGUGACUCGGGAGAAGUAUGCUCAAUUUGGAGAUGUUGGCAUGGUGGAAAACUUUCAGGAUGAGCCGCCCAGCCCAAAGGAUGUCGUGCUGGUGCUGAAAUCGCAUUUGUCCUCGGAUGACAUCUCACAGAAACCUUUUGUGUUUCUACCGGCUUCUGCUCUUCAGAAUCUGCAAGGUUGGCCAGAGUACACGGUUCAACUGAACAAAAUGUCCAAGGAGACUGAAAAAGAACUCCGGAAGACCAUAGAAAAGGUCACCCAACCACCAUGGCACAUGGAGGCGGCUGCUGAAUACAUUGAGCAACUCAUUCGCCAAUCGGGGUGCCAUCCACAAUGUGUUCGUGACUCUCACCCACUGGAAGAAUUGAAAGCGAAGCUGGCAGAUGGAGAAUCCAAGCCAGAGCCCGGUGUGUUCAAGGCAUCAGACAUGGACUUUUGGAAGACGGACCCUGCGAAAGUGGAGGUGAAGAGAGCGGCAAAGAAGAGAUCUGCAGCGAAGUCUAAGGCAGCUGUGCCUGUGAGUGGCGCCCAGCCUUCACAUGCAGCGGUUGCAAUCGACCUUCCCAGUGGAAACGAGGAUGAAGCUGCUCCUGCUGCAGGACCUGGACUUCCAGCUGGCCCGAGGCUGGUUGAGGACGAUGAUGUUCCAAUGUCUUUGCCGAGCCCAGCCGAGAGUAUUCAUGAUGAAGACCCUGGGCAUGGGCGUGGGCGUGGGCGUGGCAGGGGCCUCAAGAGGCCUGCUGCAGCAACAUCAAAAUCUGUGCCAAAGAUGAAAAAGCCAGCGGCGGCUGAGUUGAGGCUAGCUGCACCGGCAGCAUCAGAUGCAGCUCCACCAGCAGAUGCAGCCCCACCUGCAGAUGCAGCCCCACCUGCAGCAGCAGGGGCUGAUGAGCCACAGGAGGGUGGCAGAGUCCUCAAGAUCCGUGGAGCGUUGCAAGUUGUGCUGGAGGAAGGCAUGACAUUAGCUUCAGCUAUGCCGGCUGUUCAUUCAUCGCGUUUGUGUGAUGAUGAUGUGGUCAUGGUUUCCAGUGAUGAUGACCUAGAAGACAAUGUGGAGAUUGUUCCAACCACUUCACCAAGACAUGGCCAUCCAGAUGAUCGUUUUUUUCAUUUCAUGGAGAUCUACAGCCCCUUCAGGGUAGCUGCAAGCAUCCACAAAAUGGGAAUGGCUUCAGCUGCAAGCCUGGAUGUCAUCAAUGGUUGCGACUUACUCACGACAGAUGGAAGGAUGAUAGCCCUAGCACUCCUGGCCGAAAGACGGCCGAUGUUCUUGAUGACAUCUCCUCCUUGCACAAUGUACAGUGAACUAACCCGCCUUUGGAAUGCUGCCAAGAUGAGUUGGGAAGUUCGUGCCCUUCGACAACGUGAUGCGGACCACAUGUUGAAGUUUGCCUUAGAGAUGUGCCGUAUACAGGGCAAGGUAAAGCAACUGGCUUCCCACCCAGACACGAAGAUGGUGACGUUUGACCAGCUGCUUGGCCUUUAUAAUUACAGGUCAUCCUACAAUAACCUCUUGAUGACCAGCAAAGAUUGCAAAUGCGAUCAGGACGACAAAGGCUCUACUUCUGAGCAGCACCCAAUCCGCAAGCGCACCACGCUCAUGACAAAUUCACAGAGCGUGGUGGAUAUCUUCCGGAAGCUUCAGUGUCAGUGCCAAGUGUACACCCCUGGCUUAUGCGAAAAGCUUGCUGAAGCCGUGUGGGAUGAGUUUAGAUUCGUGCAGGGGGGCUUAGCCUGGGUUCAGCUGAAACCGAGCGGCAUGUCCGAGAGCAUAGAAGAACUUCUUGACAAGUCAAUGGAAUCAGAAUCAGCCAAUGAGACACGUUCAAAGGCUGAUGAGGAUCUUUUUUCAAUGGCCAAGAAGGAAGAAGAUGUGAAGAUGGAGCAGGCUAAAUCUGACUUGAGAGCGCUGGAAGAUGCAGUGAAAUCAGCAGGCACUGAAGAUUUCAAGCCUGCGUUUUAUGCCUUUGGGAAGGCAGUUCUUGAGCAUUGCAAUGGUGCCCGCAAUGUCUUGACUUCGGUGCUUGGGGACGAGUUGGCCCAUGGUCAAGAGUUUCUGAAUCAGAUCGCUGAGUUCUUUCCGAAGAGUGAUGCCAUUAGCUUUGCUACUCAGCUUCCUGGCAAUGACUCAGAUGAGUUCAAUUUGCAUUUGACAGAUCUGAGCUGGCUGCCACAUUCCUCGACAAAGCCAGCCCCAUACCUCCACACUUGCCUGCAACUUUGGGAUGAGAUCACCACCAAUGGCUUUAUCACCAAAGGCGUGAGACUGUCAGUCUUGCAUCGUGAGCUGUAUGACAGCCUGAUGGUGAUCCGCUGCCGCCGUGGUUCUAUGUCCCAUGAUUUGAUGCAAGUGGCCUUCACAAAUGCGAAGCUGAGCAGCAGGGGUGCCAUCAGGAAGUCUCAUGAUGUUGCUUGCUGGCUUUCGAAGAUGAGCAUGCUGGUUGAUCGCGGGCUGAAGGCUGAGAGUGCUAUCAAGGCGUGGAAUCAGGAGGCGACAAGAGAAAGCCAACUCACUGGACAGAAGCGGGUGGCCUUGCUGGCAUUGUUGUCAGGGCCAGAUGGGACAACGAAAUUGCUGCUGGACCAUGCCAGUUUCUUUGGGUCUGCUUCAGCAUUUAGUGAGGAGUGCUUUGCAGCCAAAAACUUGUUUCCAGGAUACUUCCCCAGGACUGUCUUGGACAAGACAUGGCGCUCUAGAUUGACGGUCACUGAUGCUGGGUUCUUGCUGUUCUUGCGCUACACGGAUGCAUGCCACCAUCAGAAGCUGCCUGAAACCAGGGGAAAACUUAGCAAAGAGAGGUGUGCAGAACUCAGCCAACUUACUCAGCUGGUUGUGGCAGUGGAGGCUGAACUGAAGGAGGGCGGUGUGGUGACUUCCAAACUCACAGACGCCUUGCUGGACUGCGAUGCGAACCUGGAGCUGGAGCUGCAAGUUGCUUUGAGCGAAAAGGCCGCCAAGUGGAAGCCUGCUGAUCUGACUUUGGUUCAAGAAAUUCUCAAGGCACAUUCGGCCACAGCUGACUCCAAGUUCUUUGUUGAGAAGCGAGUGGUGGCAGCUGGUGAACUGGAGAGAGAAGAAUUUGACCUCAUGAAGAAAAUGUUUGAGCAUGACCUCAAGUCAUUUGAGAAUUGGAAGGUUCGAUGCCAAGACAGAGACUCAGCAGUUUACCAUGCGGAAUUGCAGCACAAAGUUCAACGACAGCAUGAAGCCCAAAAACAAGCCCAGAGUUUGUUUGACAUCACUUCAGUGAAUUGGUUUGCAUCUUUGGAAGUCCUUGGAAGUCCCAAUGAAGUUACCCACCGCAUCAAAGCUACUGUGAACAAGCUCAUGAAAACCUUCCAAGUUCGAUCUGAGGAGAUCUAUCUUUUGCAAGUUUGUAACUGGAGCUCGCCUAGCUUGGUUUCCUCUGCUGCGCAGAAGUGCCAAGCCACAGUUCUUGGAGCUCUGUGCAAUGAUGCAACUAGCUCAGGUCGCUCAUUGGGAUGUGUUUUCGAGCCAUGCCAUACAUACAACAAAGGGCAGCUUUGGAAGCAAGAAGAGAUGCUCCACAAGAUGUUGGUGAAUGCCAGAUGCAACAUCGAUGGUCGAUUUGUCCUGCCCUUUGUUGAGCGACAAGAUGACCGCGACCAGAGGCGGACUUUCCCAUCUGAAGAUGAAGCCUUCGGCAAAGUCUGGAGUGAAUGGAAGUCAUGCCCGAUCUUGAGCAAAGGACUUCUUGAAGAGGCCCACUGCCUACCAACCAAGGAGCUUGUCACCAUUGAAGAUUGCAGUGAGUCUGCGCUCCCAGCAUCGACAACCUUGACCCACACCACAAAUCCAGCAGAAAAAUGUUGCCAACUUGGAAAGGAUGCCUACCAUUCAUUUCUGAGGGGGGCAUUGGGAACUUUGGGCACCAAGAGCUCUAAGCCAGUGGUGUUGGUUGUGGAUCUCUUUGCGCAUACAGGGGAUCUUGCUUUGGCAGUGUUCAAAGAGAAGUUUGCCCCUGCGAUGUCGAACCACCUGCAUUACUUGGCGUUUCACGCCAAUCAACUGGAGGCAGUGUUACAGAUUUAUGACAUUUGGCUUUCAAGUUGUUUUAGCCUUGGGCAGGUUGAAUGGGCCAAGCAGCAUCACAUCGAACAUGUCUUUGGCAACUUCUUGACUGGCGAUUUCAAGCCUCUGACACCUCUGCCAGGGCCUCCUGACCAGCUGGCAAUGCCAGGGCCCACGCCUCCUACUUUGAGUUUGUUGGCUUGGGGAACAGGAAAGGCCAAGGAAACUUUGAAGACCCCAGACAAAGUCUUGAAAGCUUGGUGGGAUGGCAAUUUCUCGCUUGAGUUCCGGGAAUUUGUGGAGGCAGCCAGGCAGAACCAUGAGCUUGACGUGAAGAUCACUGAUGAUUCAUCGACUGGUCGGCCCACCAAGAGGCCCAGGCUGACGGAGGCUGAAGGAGCUAAGGUGGAAACUCAGGCAGAGACUGAAGUGAAGGAUGCUAAGAUUGAGUCAAAGGACCUCAGUGACCUGCCAACCUUGUGCUAUGAAGCCAAAGUCACUGCAAACCCGAAACUUGUUGUGAAGGUUACCAUCGGCCAAGGUGUCUUCUUGGAGAACACUGGCACCAGUGAUGAAAGCAUCAAAGCUGGCGUGGUACUGUGUGGGUACUACAAAGGCAAGUUCUGGAGCCCAGAUUCGACAUCAGAGGCGCCAAGUGAGAAAGCAGAUGUGACAUUCAGGUUGACAUCGAACUUGGAUCAUGUGAUGCUGAAUUCAAAGUACCAGCCUUUGGGUGACAUCAUCAAGGCCAAGCGCCAACUCACUCCUGCUGAUGCACAUGUCUCCUACCAUGAGUUGAUUGACUCCCCGACCCCGACAGAUGCAUCGGCUUUCAAGCUUGAGCCCAAGAAAAUGACAGUGUACUUCAAGGUGGCUGACUUCCCUGCAGUGAAGACAGAAGAAGGCGAGGGCGAAGCCAAGCUGAUGAUCCCAGCUGCCCAUUUGGCUGGUGCAAUCCCUGAGAAGGUAUGGCGUGACAGCCAGCUUGCUGAGAUUGUUUGGGCCGUCAAGUGGCCCGCAGUUGCUGCCAAGGGUUUGCAACCAAUCCGCCCAAUGGUAAUGACUUCAAAGGAGUUCGUCAUUAAGAGCAAGACAGCUGUUGUGAUUGCCAAGCCCAAUGUUUGA